AUGGUCUUUGCUUUUACCCUCCCAACAACCUCACCUCUUUCAUUUCAGUCUUUCAUCUCUUCUUCAACUCAUCCCUCUCUCCCCCAAUCGGCCUCCACAUCCCGCCAUGCCCUCCGCCUGGCGCUGAAAGCUCAUAAGCGCCUCCCCCGCGGUCCGCGUCAGGAUGCCCACCUCCCAACAGUCCUAUCCGCACUGAAUGAUUACCUCCCAUACCUAUUUGCCAUUUCCAACGGAUUAAAUGGGAGAACAGUCCGACCAGAUACACAAGCCUUUUCUCCCCAAGAUGGGACCUACGCGCAUGGUGCGGGGGAAGAGAUCGACAUUACACCCCACGCUGAGAUCGAGUCCGCAUGGAAAACAACAUUGUCAUCCUCGAGCACAUUGAAUAUAGGCACAGGCAAUAAUAAUCCCAAUGGAAAAGGACUCCGCAUGCGUAGUGGACGGGUCGCUGGUCGAGGCAUCCAGUUUGAAAUAGCAUUUACGCUUUCAACACUCGGAUACGUGUUGAGCAGGAUGGCGCGCGCGGGAGUUUUGACCGCGUUAUAUAUGCUUUCUACCCCGACUGCAGAAGAUCGCACCAGCGCAGUACAAACAGCGACGCGUUAUCUGUUGCAGGCGAGCGCGGUACACAACUUCCUUGCGUCAUCUCCGGCCUCCGCUACCGCAGUGCCAGAUGUGGAUGCUGGAACACAGGCGGCACUGUCGUCGCUUGCGCUGGCCGAAGCUACCCUGCUAGCUGUUCUGAAGGACGAUGCUUACAUUGUUGCGUGUAUCCAAUCGCGAAAUCCGAAUGACAAGGAGUGGAUGGUUCACGCACCUGCAAUUCCAAAAGUGCGUGCUUUGCUCUUUGCUCGGCUUUGCGUUCGCGCUGCAGAAUACUCCGAGCAAGCAUCUGCUGGCCUUGGGGCUGUCGGAUCUGCAUCGGGGCGCACAGGGCGUGUAGAGGAGGAUGUUGUGCGCUAUACUUCCGUCUUGGGGCGUGUCGCUCGUGCCCGGGCUUGUCGGCUGUUUGGCGUAGAAGCUGAGCUGACAGGCAAGACUGGCGAGGGCAUUGCCUGGUUGAGAGCUGCAAAGACCUCCCUCGGAAUUCGAGGUACUGCCUCUUCGGAAGAGGAUACAUCUGCCUCUGGGGCCUCGAAGGGUGGCCUAUCCCGCUUAAAACGUGAGUGGACAGAGAGACGCGAAGAACGCAGAGUAGCCAAAGAUGCUGGCGGUAGUCGGACUGAGAAAGGCGCUUUGGAGUCGGGUGACGAUGCUGGCAGAGACGAAGAGGGACGAGUAAUUUCCAUGUUAGAAACAAAAUGGGUGAAAAUGAACGAUACAAUGAACACACAAAUCGUCCCAUCGGCUACUCCGUUGCUAUCGAACCUGCCUUCAGGUCGAGAUAUUCACUCUCCGCCAGCACCAUAUCAGCCACCUUCUCUCGAAGAGGACCAGUUGAUCCGUAUGCGCGCUCCGUCAGAGGAGAGAGAUGACUUGCAAUUCGGAAGCGAUGAUGACAGCGAUGAAGAUGCAGCGCAGCCGUCUGGUGGUCGUGCUCCUCCGGGAGGAUUCCCGGACCGUAGCGCAACAGCCUCUAGCGUUUACUAUUGA